AUGUCUUCUGCAUUUCAUAUUCAUAUCGGAGGGGCUGGAGUAAUGAUUGGUGAUAUGUUAUGGAAACUUUAUGAAAAAGAAUACAAUGAAGCAACUUAGAAUAAUUACAUUUAUGAAGAAGUUGAUGGGAAUCACUAUCCAUUAGCACUUUUCUUCGAUACAGAUGACGGAAUGAUACAUGAAGUCUAAAGGAAUAACUCAAUAAAAUAUAAGAACCAUUCAUUUUUACAUGGAAAAGAGGAGGCAUUAACAUAUGCUCGAGGUAGGUAUACUGUUGGAAAAAAAGUUACAAAAUAGGCAAUAGAUUGCAUUCGAAAAUAAAUAGAAACGAUGAGUCGAUUAGAUGAAUUUGUGAUUACAAGUUCAAUAAGUGGAGGUACUGGUUCUGGAUGCCUUUCAUUUUUGUCAAUAGUCUUAGAUGAGUAAUUUGGAAAUAAAUCAAAAUAAAAUGGAUUUAUAAUUUUCCCAUCUUCAGAGAUGUCGAAUAAUGUCGUUGGACCUUAUAAUGCUGUGUUCCCGAUUCAUACUAUGAUUGAUCAUUUUUAGAGUAUAACAAUGUUUGACAAUUAGUCAAUGUACAAUGUUAUUGAUUAUCAAGUAGAAUUAGAUUUUGUUGAUUAUUAACAUUUAAAUAACUUGGUAGCUCAAGUAAUUAGUUCAUAUACUGGAUUAAGAAGAUUUAACAAUUGUGAUAACUCCAAGUUUUUGUCAAAUUUGUGUCCUUAUCCUAGUGUGCAUUAUUUAAUUCCAUCGUAUGGCAAAAUGACUUUAAUAAAUGAUUAUGCUAGAACAGAAUUAUAGGAAACAUAAUUUAUUCAUUAUCUAACUAAAAAGAAGUGUUAACUUUAUCAAUGUCCUAUUAAUCCUUGUCUUAUAAAAAUAAUUGAACCCUUUUUUUGGUCAAUAUGAUUUAACUCUAAACAAUUUAGAUCAUUGCUUUGGCUAAAGUUCAAAUAUUUUUUAAUGUGCAGCAUCUAAUUAUUAAGUAUUGCCUGAAUUUGCCUAGAUGAAACUAACUGGAUCCUUUUUUUCUAAUGAUGCCUCAAUUAGUAGUAGAUUUAAAUAAUUAA